AUGAAUCUUCUUCCUCUUCGCAACUGCAGCAACUUAAUCUAUCCAAUCACCAGUCUUUCUUCUCUUUACCUUCCAUUCUUUGCCUCCUAUAGUACAAAAGAGUUUCAUACACAACAAGAGCUAGAGAAACAAGCUGAAGAACAGCAGAGAGAAGACGGGCAACGACUGAAGCAAGAAGCUUCACUUGUGUCCCCAGCCAGAAUUCAGAAGCUAAUAGCUUCCCAGUCAGACCCUCUUCUUGCUAAAGAAAUCUUCGACUUAGCUUCUCGUCAGCCCAAUUUUCAUCACUCGUACGCGGCAUGGCAUGUCCUCAUCCUCAAACUCGGCCGCUCUGGCCACUUCUCUCUCAUGCAGUCCCUUCUCUCCUCCUUCAAAUCUCAGAAUUAUUCCAUUUCUCCUUCUCUCUUCUCCCAAAUUAUCAAAAUUUAUGGUGAUGCUGGGCUGCCUGACGAAGCCCUGAAAGCAUUUUACUUGAUUCUCAAGUUUAAUAUCAAGCCUCUUCCCAAACACCUCAAUCGCAUUCUUGAAAUUCUUGUCACUCGCCGUAACUUCCUCAGCCCUGCUUUGGACCUGUUUAAAUCUGCUCAGAGAUACGGGGUCUCUCCAGAUACCAAGUCUUACAACAUUUUGAUGCGUGCUUUUUGCCUGAAUGAUGACUUGAGUGUUGCAUAUUCCCUGUUCAAUCAAAUGUCCAAAAGAGAUGUUGUUCCUGAUGUAGAGUCAUAUAGGAUUUUGAUUCAGGGGUUCUGUAGGAAGAGUCAGGUUAAUAAGGCUGUUGAAUUAUUGGAAGAUAUGUUGAACAAAGGAUUUGUUCCUGAUGCUCUAAGCUAUUCUACUCUUUUGAAUCGUUUGUGCAGGAAACAGAUGCUCAAGGAGGCUUAUAAGCUUCUAUGCAGAAUGAAAAUUAAGGGAUGCGAUCCUGAUCUUGUUCAUUACAAUACUAUUGUUUUGGGGUUUUGUAGGGAAGGCCGUGCUUUUGAUGCUUGUAAGGUUCUUGAAGAUAUGCGAUCCAAUGGGUGCUUGCCAAAUUUGGUGUCUUACCGAACAUUAGUUGGGGGUUUAUGCAGUCAGGGCUUGUAUGAUGAGGCCAAAUCAUAUAUGGGGGAGAUGUUUUUGCAGGGAUUUUCUCCACAUUACUCAAUAGUACAUUUGUUAGUUAAGGGAUUUUGUAAUAUAGGCAAGUUUGAGGAAGCUUGUGCAGUUUUGGAGGAGGUAUUGAGGCAUGGGGUAGCUCCACAUAUAGACACUUGGAUGGAAAUGUUACCUAGAAUUGCUGAGGUGGAUGACCCUCAAAGUAUGGGCAAUACCUUGAAUCAAGUUUUGAAGAUGGAGAUAAAACCUGACACAAGACUUGUCGAUGCUGGUGCUGCUCUGGGUGAAUACCUGGUUAAGAAAAUAGGACAUCGAUCAACCAAGAUAUGAUCUUCUUCUUCAGAAUCAAUGGAUUGAUCAAAAUGUGUCAACUGAACAUGAGGAAAGCUGCAGUUUUUCGUCACGGAUGAGUACCUAUUACAACUCAGCGCUGUCAUUUUGUUAUCUGAGUGUACCAUGAUAACUACAAUUUGUGGUUGGUGGGCUAUUGCUUUUUCCCAAUGUGCCCAUUAUGAUCUAAUGGAGGGUGGUAUUUCCACGACCAGAAGCCUAGGAGCCUCAGUGCUGCAAUUGCCGUUGACAGACAUGCUAGUACAUCAUCAGUUGUUGCGAUUGCAGGAUUUCGCAGAUAUUGGAAGAGAUUAAGCAACUGCCUCUGGAAUUGUUGUUCAAGGAAUGUGAUGCUUCAUUACCAGCAAAGCCUAAUAGCACAACUGCUUACGUCUGUUAUAGGGAGCGAUAGCAGCUGCUACAUGGGAAUGCUUCUUUCCAAAUAGCCUGCUAUGAGCUUAGUUCUGUCAAAUAAAUUCAACGUAUCUUGAGUGCAUGGCCAUUUUCAUGACCUGCAUGGAAUCUAUUUUGGUGUCCAACAAAGAAGAGGACUAAGAACUAUGGGUGGUCAAAACCCAGGAAAAAGGAAGCAGAGCAAAGGUCGGAAGGGCGCACUACUUGAUGAACACUUUUUGGCUUCCCAUCUUGCAUUUUUCCUUCGAGAUUAAUUUUGAUUUGCCUUUUGUUUCCUUUUUAAGACGAUACGGACCCUUAUCAUGAGGACACCAAGACUAUAAUAUGAUCUUGGUAAUUUUACUUCAGAACUACUUUCCUUCACCUAGAAUUUAUAUGGAUGAUUUAGCUUUGCCAAUA